AGCACACCACUUGAUACUACAACCUCGAGUUUAACCUCUAUCCCGGAGAUAUCUAGAACCUAUUCAUAGUAUCAAAGCAACCGCUCAAUCGACACCGCCAUCAUGUCCGACGACGAUGAUUUCAUGCAGGAUUCGGACCAAGGUUAUGAUUUCGAGUACGAAGAAGACGAUGAUGAGGAGAGUGGCGAUGUCGAUAUCGAGAACAAAUACUAUAAUGCCAAGCAGAUGAAGGCAACCGAUCCGGAGGGAGCCAUUGAAGAGUUUCUAGGAGUACCGGCAUUAGAAGAGGAGAAAGGUGACUGGGGAUUCAAAGGUCUGAAGCAGGCUAUCAAACUUGAAUUUCAACUGGGUCAAUAUGAAAAAGCUGUCGAGCAUUACACCGAGCUUCUGACAUAUGUCAAGAAAGCCGUUACACGCAAUUAUUCAGAAAAAUCCAUCAAUAACAUAUUGGAUUAUAUUGAGAAAGGGUCAGAUGACGAGAAGGCUGGAAAAUGCAUGGAGGAGUUCUACUCUCAAACCCUACAAUCCUUCCAAAGCACCAACAAUGAACGUCUCUGGCUUAAGACCAACAUCAAGCUCGCAAAACUCUACCUCGAUCGCAAGGACUACGGCGCAGUGACGAAGAAGAUACGCGAAUUACACAAGGCCUGCGAGCGGGAAGAUGGUACAGAUGAUCCUAGCAAAGGAACUUAUUCGUUGGAGAUUUACGCCCUCGAGAUCCAGAUGUACGCAGAGACGAAGAACAACAAACAACUCAAACGCCUCUACGAACGAGCCCUGAAGGUCCGCUCAGCAGUCCCCCAUCCCAAAAUUAUGGGAAUCAUUCGCGAAUGCGGUGGAAAGAUGCACAUGAGUGAGGAGAACUGGAAGGAUGCGCAGAGCGAUUUCUUCGAGUCGUUCCGCAAUUACGAUGAAGCUGGCUCCCUACAAAGAAUCCAGGUUCUUAAAUACCUGGUACUCACAACUAUGCUGAUGAAAUCCGACAUCAAUCCCUUUGAAUCGCAGGAGACGAAGCCGUAUAAAAAUGAUCCCAGAAUUGCUGCCAUGACAGAUUUGGUAGAUGCAUAUCAGCGAGAUGAUAUCCACCAAUACGAAUCUGUCCUCAGCAACAACAAAGAUCUCCUAUCGGAUCCCUUCAUCGCCGAGAAUAUCGAUGAAGUAACACGCAACAUGCGCACCAAAGCCGUGCUCAAGCUCAUCGCGCCAUACACACGGUUCAACCUCAAAUUCAUCGGCAAGGCGCUCCAGAUCCCCGUGUCGGAGGUGCAAGACAUCCUCGGGUUCCUGAUCGUGGAGAAGAGGGUCAACGGGCGGAUCAACCAGCGGGACGGCACGGUGGAGAUCGAGGACGACCGGGAUAAGGAGCGGCUGCGCGCAAUGCAGGAGUGGACCGACGCUAUCGGAAACCUAUACCGGACGGUCUUCUCCGAUGGCGAGGGCUUCAAGAUGCCAGAGGUCACGCAGAUGGGCGACGAAUUGGACCCGAGAUACCCGCUCCCUGACCAUAAACAGAGGGGCCUAGGCAAAGGGAAAGGGGGUGGGAAGGGGAAGAAAGGCGGCUUCGGCUCGCAGAUGCCAUCUUUCUUUCAAUGAUGAGAGAUGAGAGGACAACAAACAGGCUCUGGGAACUUGGCCAGGGUGACGAAGUAGGUAGAACAUAGCCACUGUGCUGAAGAGACGUGCUUGUGCUUCCAUACUGCAGCGCGGGCAGCUUUCGAUGCCGCAGCGCCUCUCCACACAAUAAUCCAGAGUAGUUGGCUGCGCGCGGGAACAGGAGUUUAAGGAGAGCCCCCUCCCCCCGGGGGCCGGCGCAAUCAUCUCUCAUUGGGCAACGCGCGACAGACAGACAUGAUAUCAAAUGAAACACAAUGAAAUCAAUCAAC